CUCUUCUUCUUCUGCUUCUGUUUCUUCUUCUUCUUCUUCUUCUUCUUCUCAGUUCAUCUGCAUUCCCUUCCUGGGUCUGAACGGAUGACCGAUGACAUUAAAUGCGAGCCGGCAACGCAUCCCUUUUAUCUUCGUCGUAUCGCCGUCUUGCCCAUUGCCAUUCAUAACUUCUCCAGCCAUAUCCUCCUCACACACUUCCAGCAAAAGAGACAGUGAUGGUUGAUAGCAAAUUCAACCAAAAGAUAACUCCGCCAGAAAGUUUUAGCAAAAAAAUACAAAAUAGCAAUUCAACACACCACCACCACCACCUAUCGCACUUAAUAAUGAAGCAACAGUGAUAGGAAUUAAAUGGCCAUGGCGAUCAAUUGAUCAUCUGAAGCUGGCAAAGGGAAGCUUCAUCCGAAGCAGCUAAGAAGACUCCCACACUCCCACUUCGACUGCUGCUCACCAUAAAUUAGCUUUUCUUGCUUUCCAAUUCGAUUCUUACGAGGUGAUUGGAAGAGGCAGAGAGGAGGAAGGAGGAGCUUUUUUGAAACCCUUUUCGUAGAAAGCGCGUUGUUUGUGUAACAGCCAAAAAUAGCAGAGAGGGCGGGGCAGGGCAGGGCGGUGCAGGGUGGGGCGGCGCACAGCAGCAGAGCAGAGCAGAGCAGACGAAGGCGAAAGUGUUUUAAGGAGAGCCAUACGAGUACGCUUAUCCCACUCCCUUCGCCUCCUCAAAUACGGAUGUCUUCUCUCGAAUAUGUUCUCAUCUGUUGAAUUUUGGCGUAAAGCUUCGUCUUUAGCGCUCGCUUGAAGGAAUCCCGGAGAUUUUUCUUCAGAAAAAGGUUGAUGGCGCAGAAGGAUGCAGAGGAAGCAGCCAUGGCGGCGGACGGCAUUACAGCCUUCGACACCGAGCCGAGCGGCGGCAAGGAAGAAGACGCCGAGCCGUCAGCCGGAUUCAGCGUCAAGAGCUUCCUCUGGCACGGCGGCUCCACCUGGGACGCCUGGUUCAGCUGCGCCUCCAAUCAAGUGGCGCAGGUGCUGUUGACGCUGCCCUACUCGUUCUCGCAGCUGGGAAUGGUCUCCGGCAUCAUCCUGCAGAUCUUCUACGGCUUCAUGGGAAGCUGGACCGCCUACCUCAUCAGUGUCCUCUACAUCGAGUACCGCAAUCGCAAGGAGAAGGAGAACGUCCGCUUCACCAACCACGUUAUCCAGUGGUUCGAGGUGUUGGACGGGCUGCUGGGACCGUACUGGAAGGCCGCCGGCCUCGGUUUCAACUGCACCUUCCUCCUCUUCGGCUCCGUCAUCCAGCUCAUCGCCUGCGCAAGCAACAUCUACUACAUCAACGAUCAGUUCGAUAAGAGGACAUGGACUUACAUAUUUGGGGCCUGCUGUGCGACCACCGUCUUCAUCCCCUCCUUCCACAACUACCGGAUUUGGUCCUUCCUCGGCCUCGGCAUGACCAGCUACACCGCCUGGUAUCUUACCAUCGCAGCCGCCGUCCAUGGUCAGGUCGAAGGCGUGGCCCACUCAGGCCCAAAGAGGCCGGUUCUCUACUUCACCGGCGCCACCAACAUCCUCUACACCUUCGGCGGCCAUGCCGUCACUGUGGAGAUCAUGCAUGCCAUGUGGAAACCGCAAAAGUUCAAGUACAUUUACUUAUUGGCUACAUUGUAUGUGUUCACCCUCACAUUGCCAUCGGCGGCCACAAUGUAUUGGGCAUUUGGUGAUCUUCUAUUGACUCACUCCAAUGCCUUCUCAUUGCUGCCCAAGACAAGGUGGCGAGAUGCUGCAGUUGUCCUUAUGCUUAUUCAUCAGUUUAUUACCUUUGGCUUUGCUUGCACCCCUCUUUACUUUGUCUGGGAAAAGGUAAUUGGCAUGCAUGAUACGAAGAGCAUUUGCCUACGAGCUAUCGCGCGCCUCCCAGUUGUAAUGCCAAUUUGGUUCUUGGCCAUCAUUUUUCCUUUCUUCGGGCCCAUUAACUCUGCCGUGGGUGCUUUCCUUGUUAGCUUCACCGUCUACAUCAUUCCUGCUUUGGCGCACAUGCUCACCUAUCGGACAGCAUCUGCACGACAGAAUGCUUCUGAGAAGCCCCCAUUUUUCCUACCGAGCUGGAGCGCGAUGUUCCUGGUGAACAUCUUUAUAGUUGUAUGGGUGUUUGUCAUUGGGUUCGGGAUUGGCGGGUGGGCUAGCAUGACUAACUUCAUCCAUCAGAUCAAUACAUUCGGCCUCUUCGCCAAGUGUUACCAGUGCCAGAAGCCCCACCCUGAGCAAGCCCUUGCACCGCAACAACACCAUUGAGACUGGUGGAAUUGAUGGCGAUCCGUCGUAAUGCUUAAUUCCUCCCCAAAACUUAAAUCUUCUUUUAGUUACUUGUUUAUUCUCUAUAAAUACAAUGCAAUUGUUGAGAGGGAAAAGGGAACAACUUGGGGAGGUGGGCUCAUACAUGUGUUGAAUGCUUCCUAUUGUGUUGUUUUUUUUCACCUUUUUAAAUAUAUAUAGAUGCUUUUGAUGUGUGCCCAA